CCCGAUCAGUAGGGGAGCGUCGGCUGGUCUUUGCCGGUGUCCGGGCGUGGGCGGCCGGGGACAAGCGUACCUCAGCCUGUAGCGAUAGCUGCCAUUCCGUGGCGGCGGCGGCGGCAGCAGCAGCAGAAGCAGCCGCUGCGGGUGUCCGUGGCGGCGGCGGCGCUGGCUGGCCCCAGCCAUGCUGUGCUAUGUGACCAGGCCGGACGCGGUGGUGAUGGAGGUGGAGGUAGAGGCGAAAGCCAACGGCGAGGACUGCCUCAACCAGGUUUGCAGGAGGUUGGGAAUUAUAGAAGUUGAUUAUUUUGGACUGCAGUUCACUGGCAGCAAAGGGGAGAAUCUGUGGCUGAAUUUGAGGAACAGGAUCUCCCAGCAGAUGGAUGGUUUAGCCCCUUAUCGAUUGAAAUUAAGAGUCAAGUUUUUUGUAGAGCCACAUCUUAUCUUACAAGAACAGACAAGGCAUAUGUUCUUCUUGCAUAUAAAAGAAGAUCUUCUUGCUGGUAAUCUUCAGUGUUCUUCAGAGCAUGCCAUUGAACUUAGUGCAUUGCUGGCACAGAUGAAGUUUGGAGAUUAUAACCAGAACACUGCUAAGUACAAUUAUGAAGAGUUGUGUGCAAAAGAGCUCACCACUACCAUUUUGGAGAGCAUUAUUGCAAAGCAUAAGGAGCUAGAAGGUCUAAGUCAAGCUUCUGCUGAAUACCAGGUUCUACAGAUUGUUACCACAUUGGAGAACUACGGGGUAGAGUGGCACUCAGUGAGAGAUAGUGAAGGGCAAAAACUCCUCAUUGGUGUUGGACCUGAAGGUAUAUCCAUUUGUAAAGAUGACCUCAGUCCUAUCAACAGGAUUGCUUAUCCUGUUGUUCAGAUGGCAACUCAGUCUGGGAAGAAUGUAUAUCUGACUGUUACCAAGGAGUCUGGUAAUAGUGUAGUUCUCUUGUUUAAGAUGAUCAGUACAAGAGCAGCAAGUGGACUCUACAGAGCAAUUACAGAGACACAUGCAUUUUAUAGGUGUGACACUGUCACCAGUGCUGUCAUGAUGCAGUAUAGUCGAGAUUUAAAGGGCCACCUAGCAUCUCUAUUCCUGAAUGAAAACAUUAAUCUUGGUAAAAAAUAUGUCUUUGACAUCAAAAGAACAUCAAAAGAAGUUUAUGAUCAUGCAAGGCGAGCUCUGUAUAAUGCUGGCAUUGUGGAUCUUGUUUCAAGAAGUGACCAAACCCCACCAAGUUCCCCCCUUAAGUCUUCGGAAAGUAGCAUGAACUGUGACAAUUGUGAGGGUCUUAGCUGCCAACAAACAAAAGCUCUGCAAGAGAAGCUGCGGAAGCUAAAGGAGUCCAUGCUUUGUAUGGUGUGUUGUGAAGAAGAAAUAAAUUCAACCUUUUGUCCCUGUGGCCACACAGUAUGCUGCAAGACCUGUGCUGCCCAAUUACAGUCGUGUCCUGUUUGCAGAUCCCGUGUAGAGCAUGUCCAGCAUGUGUAUUUGCCAACCCACACCAGUCUUCUCAAUCUGACUGUGAUAUGAUCUACGCAUACACUUUAAACCCAUCAUGUACUUUUUAAACUGCACUAAUAUGAGAUGCAACCAUUGAUUGUGAAGAAGGCAAUCACUCUGGCACCUAUCAGUGAUCAAAAGCAAAAAUACUGCAUUUUUGAACAUAAAUAUUCUUUGUUCAGCACGUCCAAAAUGGUUUGGGACAUCUUUUGAGAGCAGAAGUGUAAUCAAUUCAUGUUACUUCAAAGGAGAAUGAUGCGUAAGUUUGUAGCAUGGUGGUGUUGCCAAAAAGCUAAGUUACCCUGGAGAAAUCUGGUGUACACAUAUUGAUAGACCCAGCGAGAGCAUUGCAGGCUCUUGUUUUACAUUCUCUACAUCCUUUUUAGUACAGUCACUCCAUUUAUUUUAAUAGUAAGACUAGCUUUUUACAAAUAUCAGUUUAGUAUGGCUCAUAGUUUCUGCUUUUAGUAAACUGCGCUAAAGGGGAGGGAACUCUUUUUAAAAAAAAAUUGGUUAUUAAACUAAAGUUACAAGGCUUCAUCAAGCAGCUGUGUUUAAUUCAGAAUUCUUGUAAAUGGGAAACAAUUCUGAGAGAAUAGCUUUGAAAGGGUAGGACAAGUUUGUUAAUCUCUUAAGUGUUGAGGGUGGGUCAGGAAAGUCUUCUGGUUGGCGAUGUCCUGUGGAAGCACCGUUAAUGGGGCUUCAUUCACAGCUCUCAGCGGGCAAGGUACUCCCAGGUUUCCCACAUCCAGCUUGGCUGGUGGUCUUGGGAGCUGCAGUCAGCUGCCCUUUAAGUUGGCUUUAUUUUUGGAGACUGAUUUUAAACUACUAAACAUGUGCUGUUAAUUUCUAAAAUAAGGGUUGUGUAUAAUUUUAAAUGCUUUCUUCAGUUAACAUCUUUAGUGGGUAGGUCAUUUCCUGCUAAAAUGUUUUUAAUCUCCACCCCCCUACUUGGGCAUUUGGGGCUCUGGUUUCCUAGUGUAUUCUCCAGGGUACAGAGGGAACUGGGGACCAUGUUUGGGUGCAAUACUGGCUUAAAGCUAGAAAAGUACACUGUCACUUUACUGAAAUUUUCUGACUAUACUUUUCAUAUUGCCUUAAUGUAGCAGUAAUGUGUGUUUAUGCAUCUGUUUCUUUGCACAGACAUUUUGUCAAAAUAUUAAAACUCUACUUUUUUAUGACACAUUAGCAUAUAAACCUUAUUCUAAGAGGGUAUUUAUUUUUUCACUUUGUAAAGAAAAUUUUGUUUCCUCAUGAAGGCAAGAGCUUUGUCCUAUAUCGUAGGCAACUUCUGUCUUUUUAUAUUCAGAUUAAUAAAGGACUUUAAAAAUCUA